AUGACUUUUGAUUCAUUAGAAGAAGGGGUGAAAUUCUAUGAAACAUAUGCUAAGGCUUGUGGUUUUGACAUUAGAUCAGGGACUAAGAAAGUCUAUAAAGGUGUUGUUACAUCUGAAUACUAUUUGUGUAAUAAACAAGGGAUGAGGGAAGAGAAAUUAGGUGCAUUGACAAGAAGGCUUGUAACUCGUGAAGAUUGUUAUGCUAAAAUUGUUUUUCAAAGGACUAAAGAGGGUAAAUAUUGGGUUUGUAAGUUUAUUGAAGCCCAUAGCCACAUUCUUGCCUCACCUAUUUCUAGGCAACAUUUAAAAGGGUCAUGUAGUUUAAACAGUGGACAAAAAAGAUACAUUAUGAACAAUUUGAACUUGAAUAAAGGUCUAACAAGUUCAUACAGGAUGUGGAAAGAACAAGUAGGAAGUUAUUUAAAAGUUGAUGAUACUAAAUCUCUAUCGAAGGCAAUUUGGGCAGAUGGUAUUAGUAGGAGAAACUAUUCAUUGUUUGGUGAUUCGAUAUGUGUGGAUGCUACUUAUGGUACUAACAAGUAUAAUCAAAUUUUUGUUCCUUUCAUAGGUGUUGACCAUCACAAAAAAUGUGUUACUUUUGCUGUCGGUCUUAUUAGUAGGGAAGAUAUAUCUUCUUAUACUUGGUUAUUUGAAUCUUUUUUGAGAGCAAUGGAUGGAAAACAACCAGAUUCCAUUAUAACAGACCAAGAUCCAGCCAUAAAAAUUGCUCUACCCAAUGUUUUUGACAAGUCUAUUCAUAAAUUCUGUUGUUGGCAUAUAAUAAGGAAACUAACUGAUAAAGUUUCUAUUGAGUUACGUAAUGAUGAUGAGUUUUUAAGAAGAAUUAAUAGACUUGUAUAUAAUAGGGAUAAUCGAGCCCCAUGA